AUGUCACAAACUUUCAGGUUAUUGGCAGUUGGUUUAGCUGUUGUGCUGUCUUUCAUCGAGGCACCAGUUAAUUCAUUUACGCUUAGUCGAGAAACUAACUUUACUCAAGAUGAUCUACAUCCUGAGGACAGUAUUGUUUUGGAAGUUAGAAAUGAUGUAAGAAGACCGAAUGAUAUCGAGAUAACGAAGGAAGAUGGCUUUAUUCCGACUUCUGAAAUAUACUUUAAAGAUUUUAAAUUUAUAACAUCGAUUCAAGAUCAAGCUGUUGAAAGUAGUGUUGAUACAACACAAAACAUAGAGUUCACUACACAAAAUGUUGAACCGACUGAAAAUAAGGAGACGACGAUUACAAUUACUGACGAUGAACAGUCGAAUCACAAAAAAUACAAAAGCAUUUUGCACAACUCUACAAAUAAAGAACCGAAACCAACGCCAUCUUGGAAGAAAUAUACUGAAAUUAAUAGAAAAGUUAAUAGUGAGUUAAAUGAUGACAGGAAGCAAACAGAAGGUAUGCUUACUGAAGAGACAGGUGUGCCUCGCCAAGAUUCUAAAUCUGGAGAUAUACCAUCGCUAAAUCAACUUAAAAAUUUUCUUUUUCCAUCGUCUUUCUUUAAAUCUGACAUUGUAAAUGAUACAAUCUCAACAGUUGAAGUUACAGAACAAUCAUUCACUAGUAAUCCUGAAACUACAGUUGAAUUGACCACACCCACUAAGGCAAAUAUAGCUACAGUGGAAUCUAAACGAGGUGGAUUUUUAGACUUUUCUUUAAAAUCUCUUUUUGAAGACAACAGUGAUAAAAAGGAAAACUCACAAGAAAAUAACACAUCCAAACCUAAAGGCAGGAGGCUAAGUUGGCGUUUUGGAUCACGAUAUCGAGGAAAAGAAGACAACUCAGCAGAGAAGAGUAAAGAAAGGUCACGUUUUAGAUUUAGAAAUAAUAAGGAUAAAAAGGCUGAUAAUAACGAUACCAAAGAAAGUAAAGAAGAAUAUUCAAAAGAAAUUGAUUCGAGGGAGGAUUCUGAUAAAAAAACAUUACGACCAAUUGAGAAGGAUACCAACAGUGAAAAUUAUCAAAAUGAAUCGGAGAAUAAAAAAGAAACUAAAGUCAGUAGAGACCAAACAAAUGUUAAUGAAAAGGAAAUUUUAGCAGAAUGGAACCAAUAUGAAAACAAUAAAGGAAACCCAGAUAAUGAAUUUAAAAACGACAACUUGCCGUCAAAAGACAAACUAAAAUUAAAAGAAGAGGUUAAUCUUAAGAAAAUAGAACAUAGUAAAUAUAUAACGACUACUGAAAUAAAUAUAUGGUAUACAGGUUCGGGCGAAAAGACACGUUCCCGUGAAAAGGAACAACGAAAAACCAGCGAGUUUAAAAUUCCAAAAGAAAGAAAUGAGGCGCGAAGACCUCACUCUUCAAAUAAUGCGGAAGAAUCACGAGAUAAUAAUUCUAAAAAUAGAGGACGAAAUACAUCGAAAAGUUAUAAUAAUGAAGAUGAAUCUUCACAAUCGAAAUCACGAGUUAGAAAUAACAAAGAUAAUAUAAAAGAAAUAUAUAAUGAGCCCAGAAUGGAUAAAAACGAACAUAGAGAUAUAAAAGAAUACAACACAUAUAAUUCACAAAAUUUAAAUGAAACGCAAAGUCACCUUAAUAACAUUAAGUAUAAUGCAAUGGAUUCACAUAUUAGUCAAAAACCGUCAAAUAAUGAAUACAUUGAAAAUCAAACAAAUCAAUAUGACACAAUAAAAACGACCGAGUUAAAUGAAGAAUCUGGUCAGGAAAUUACAAAAACGGGCAACAAUUCGACAUCAGAAAAUAUUGAUAUUACAAAAAAUUAUGAUGUUAAACAAGAAAAUAAAAGUUCUGACAAACAAGUGACAUUAGAACAUAUCAAGCAAUUUUUAUCUACAAUUGACGAAGAAGAGGAAAACGAAUCUCAUUCCCCUACUAUAGAUGAAAUUAGUACAGCAAAACCUGUUGACAUUCCAAAUAUAGCAGCGGUGAAUUAUUCAGAAGAUUUUAAAUUAAACGACAUAGAUACCACGACGGUAGCUUUGGACCCUUACGAACCUUUUAAAAUUCCAAAUUUAUUAAUAAGCUUACCCAGUUCAAGAAAUAGAGAUGGAGCUCUGCAAUAUAGUAAAUUAAAACAAAAUGAGGCUAAACAGUAUAUUAAUACAGUAGAAACGGCUACGGAGUCUGGUUUCACCGAAAAAUAUUCAACUGACGUUAUUAAUCCCACUACUAGUGAACACAAAUAUGCAACGAAAAACAAGGACUAUAAAAAUACUGAAGCGAUUAUUCAGAUGCAUGAAGAUUAUCGAAGAGAAGAACUGUUGAAAGAAGAAGUGAUUAAUAACAAUGAGCAAAACUUUGGAAAAUUUGAUUACGAGCUAACUACUACUCAACAAUCGACAAUUCCUGUUAAAAUAUAUGAAGUUAACCAAAAACCAGAAGAUGAGAAGUUAAGUGUUAAGCCCUUGACUUUCUUGGACAGAUUAAAAACGACAAUUUUAUAUCCUGUUGGUGUUAACUACAGGCCACUGAAAAAAAUUGAAGUGCAACCACCCAAGUCAUUCAUGAGAGAUCCUGAUGAUAAUAGUUGGCGAAAUGAAAGCUUGAGUUCGCUAGGAAUCGUUUUCAAACCAAAGAACUCUUCGAAGCCUUUCACUCAAGUAUUAAAGAAUAAGACGGAAACGGAAUGGAAUAAUUUGGUGGAAAAGCAAAAUACGAGUGAAAUUCCUGACUUGCGAGAAAGGUUAGAGAAAAUUGCUGAAAUGAGAAAAUCUAAGAAGAAAAAGACUGAUGCUUACGGUAAUGUUCUUUAUAAUGACUACGAAGAAAGCUUCUCGAAAGAAACAAAAGAUUCCGAAUUUUCUACUUCUACAACAACAACAACAACAAUGAUUUCAACCACAGAAUUUACUACAACGAGCACAGUUGCGCCUUCAACAGAGCCAGAAUCGCUAAAUUAUUCUAAAUCCGUCACAAAUUCUACAAAGGAGAAACCGAAAAAAGUAUUUAAUGUAGCCGAAUACUACGAUACGUCCGAGGAAGAUGAUGCAGACUACUUAACAUUGGCCAAAAUAGACCUCAAGAAAUUUACAGUUCCUAUCAGAACCGAUGCUUACGUGACUCCUCCCACUUGGAUAGUAACAAACACGAGACCAGAAAAUCACAACAACUACGAAAGAAAACCUACUCUGCAAUAUUUUCCACCUUUAACGACACAGAAGGGUAUGUUUAGAGAUUACGACACAGAUUUCCAUAAAAAAAUGGGAGGUUAUACCGAAACCGAGCCCCCAACAAACGUUUUACCAGUUUUAUACACAAGACCUUCGUCUCCUAUUCCGAAUGAUAGGACGGGGCACUUGUUUACUCCUAUGAACAAACAUUCGAACGACAGAACUACCACCGAAUUUAUAGAUUAUGAAAAGCCUGGGUUCAUGACGCAAGCCCCCGUUAUACCUGACGCCAAAGACGGCUACACGGUUGUCACAGAUGAUGGCAGCUACAACAGAGCGGCAGAUGUCAUCAAGCACUACAGGGACUUCUUGAAUGCUGUCGCCAAGGAUCACGAGGAAGACAUAAAUGAAGACUACAAUCCAUACACAAAAAUUCCAACACAAGGUGUCACCGUGAGUGACAUAAUUCACAAAAUUAAACCCAAACCGGAUAUGACGGAAUAUGAUUAUGACAAUGAUUUCCGGAAAGACGUCUUGCAAAGAUUUGUCCACAAUUUUAAUCAGAAUAGCGAAAGAUUUAAAUCAGGCCUUCCAAUGUUGUACAAUAACAGCGUUAUUCACGGGAGUGUUGGCGAGGGACGGGACGUGGCAUCUUCCCGAGCCUACCUCAGUCGGAUGUUGACACGACCAUCUGGGGACUGCGACAAUAACGCAACUGUGGAGCUGUCGCCGGCAUAUGAGCUGCAUUACUACGUGCCUGAAGAAGAAGAGAAAGAACAAGUAGAUCCGAAGCCGGCGACAUUGCCCUACCAGUACCGGCUAUAA